CUGUGCCAGAAAAGUGAUAAUACCAAAAAAAAAUGUCUAACCUUGAGAACUGAAAAGCGUAUAACCUUGAGAGACUAAUGGAUAGUUAAACUGUGUGGCGAAUUUUUAAACAAGGCAAAAAAAUAAAUAUAAUCAUAAUUACAACAAUUAUAACAAUACUAAUCUUAACAUUUUUCAUUACAUUUGUAAGCUCUGUGCUGGCACCGUAAUCAUUGGAUAAUUUUCAUAACUUAUUGUUAUUAUUGUCAUUCUUAGGAGAAAUAAACAUGGUGGCGUGAUUUAUGCAUUCAUGUAUACAUUAUAAAACAAAAAUACAUCCUACACAAUUCCACUGAAGAUAACACAGUGAUCUCAAAUCAAAAUAAAGCCGACUAUAAUAACAGGAGGAUAGUCCAUAUGUGAUAAAUUCCAACUAUACAUCAUUAUUAUUUCUGCAUACAUAUAUACAUAUAUGACUCAAAUGUCUCAAAUAUUUUCAAGAAUCAAUCAAUUUGAAUUUUGAAUUCUUUCUAAUUUCACAAAAUUAUUAAAUGUUGUUGUCUAACGACAACAGAUUACUGGUAUACCAAUUCACUUUCAAUAUUUAUCUUUAUUUCGCCAAGUGACUACACUUCAUAAACACAACUUUUAAAUAAAACUUGGGAUUAUUUUCACAAUUACAAGAAGCUCUCCUCUAUAAUUACUAUUGAGUCUUGAAAAAAAGAUUCAUUGUGUCAUAAUCUGUGCCUUAUCAAAGCUGUAUAGACAAGUCAACCAAUUCGUCAUUCCGCUGACAACAAAACGAUGCGUUAUGAAACAAGUGGGCAAAUAUUUGACUAUUCCAUGUUUUCAACUUCAUCGAAAGGAAGAAAAGCGAUAACUAAAGCUUCCAUGAUGAUGGUUCAGCUAAUGAAUAGUGUAAAAACAACUGUUUUUUCAUCGAAUAAAAGUAGUAAUCAAAUGAAUAAUUCUUUAUUUACAAAAUCAUUUGUGAUGUCCAUGUUGAUGAUUCUGUUUCUUAUGGAAAUUUCCGCAAUUGUUACUCCACCCUUCUGGAUGCCUUCAGAAAGUUGGUCUAGUUGUUCCGAAGAAUGUGGUGAAGGUAUUGAAAAGCGUAGAUUUUUAUGUGUUCAAAAUGAUCAUUACAAUGCAACCAUCCUAUUAGAUGAAUCACAGUGUACACAUUUACCAGAUCCUGUUAUGCAAAAUAUAGAAGUUCAUCAAAGAACAUGUAAACUUGGUCCAUGCGGUAAAGGAUACCGUUGGAAAGUAUCAAAUUGGGGUCAUUGUUCACAAACAUGUGGUGGACUAGGUGUAAUGUCACGUGAUGUACAGUGUAUUUACUCAGGCAAAGAUGGUGAUCUUGUGAUGUCAGAUUUUGAUGCAGCAUAUUAUUGUGGAAAUUAUCGUCAACCUGAAAGACAUGCACCGUGCAAUAGAUUUGCAUGUAAACCUGAAUUUGUUCCUGAAAAAUGGGGUAAAUGUAUUCAAAGUGAUCCAUGCCGUCCAGGACGUCAAGUACGUCAGUUAUCGUGUAUAUCUUUACAAGCUAACGGAUCACUUCGUGAAUUACCUAUGGCAGCUUGUUAUAUGAAUGGAAAAACAAUUCAUCCAACAUGGCGUCGAUGUUUUGAAGAAAGUUCAAGAAAAUGUGAUAGUAAACCACCGAUGAUAAAUACUGAUACACUGACUAUUGUUCAAAUGAGAAAAGUAAAAGUGAUCGAUCUGAAGGUUGGUCAACAAGCAUUCGUAAUACCUUAUACGCGCGUUACUGUACGAUGUCCUGUACAGUAUUUUACAGCUCAAGAAUUACAGUGGGCUAAUCAAAACCAUGGAAUAUUAGCCUAUACAGGGGCUAUUUCAGAUCGUAUCAGGGUGGAUAAACGAGGACGACUGCAUAUAAGAAGCUUUCGGCUAAUUGACGAAGGUGAUUGGACGUGUAUAGCUGGAACAAUGAAUGCAACAGUCACAUUAACUGCUAGAACUCCAGCAGCAGGUUUUCAUGAUUGGGUGCAAAGAAACAGACUAUGGACAAAAGGAAUGCUUAGUGAUGAUCCUAAGGCAAUAGCUGUGAAUCAUGAAAUUAUUCAAUGGGUUGUUGGACCAUGGAGUACAUGUUCAACUAGUUGUGGUCAAGCAGGACAACAAUUUCGUGUAGUAAGAUGUGAAAAAGUUGACAGUCGGUUCUACCAAAUAUUAAGUGAUCAGGUUUGCGACGAUAAACUACUUCCGAAACCACCAAGUACAAGAAAAUGUUUGGAAAGUAAUAAAUGUCCUUCAUGGGUCAUUGAGAACCCCGACACUUCCAUUUGUACAGACCGUUGUCUAGAUGUUGGUAAAGGUUCAAUCGGUGGGAAUCUAAUCUGUAUGAUUGGUGAAAAACAAGUCGCUACAAAAUACUGUGACAAAAUUGAUAAGCCAAAUAUGGAGUGUGAUAAUCCUGUCUGUCAGGUUCGAUGGAAUGUCAGUAACUGGUCUCAAUGCUCACGUUCAUGUGGUGGAGUUGGUGUUCAAGCUAGACAUCUUUUAUGUACUUGGUCACAUAACGGUGAAUUAGCAGGUUCACUAUGCUAUUCACAUCAACUUGCUAUUCCAGAUGUGAUACGUUCAUGUGAGGUCCCACCAUGUAAAUUGGGUUGUGUGGAUAUGUCAAAACAUUGUCCAAAAAGAGUAGAACUAUGCAAAUUUACAAUAUAUCGUUAUCAAUGUUGUGAAUCAUGUCAACGACAUCUACAAAUGAUUUCAUCCGUAAAAGACACUUUAAAACUAUUUCAAAAAGAGGAAUUCUCAAACAUUCACUUUCGUAAUGAAUAGACACACAUCCACAAACAAACAAACACACACACACAAACAGAAUAAGUGCAUUUAUUGAAAAGUACAAAGACGAUAGAAGGAAAUAAUAAUAAUAAAACAGUAGAUGCAACUAAUUAUUGACAUAAUUGAUUCACCUCAGGGUUUUGAGCAAAUAAUGAUCAAAACAGAUUCUUCGUCUUAUUCACCAUCUUCUCUUUUUUCUUUUUGAUUCUGAUAUAAAAAUGACCAGUACUACUACCAUUUUAUAUCUAAUCUCAUCUCAUUCGCAUUCGCAUUUAUACAUAUAUGUAGACAAAAAAAACACUUUUAAGGCAAACCUAUUUAAGCACAAUCAAAUCUUAAUAUAAAACAACAACCGGUGCCCAGCAUCCGUACUAUGUCCUCUCUACCGCCAUCCCUUCCCAUGAUCCAUCGAAGUAAAUGUGCACAAAUGACAAUAUAGAUAAAACAAGCACUACAUACGCGAAUAAAUUUUAAAAAAAAUAACAAUUAUCAACAUAUAUAUUAUUCCUUUGAAAUCAGAAAAGAAGAGUUUCUUUUCCAGAAAAAUGUUAUUUCAUCCACAAACCAAAACAUAAAACGAUGAAAUUAAACUGAAGAGCAGAUUUUAUUGACUAUCAUGCAUUACUACACAAACACACACACACACACAUGCACACACACGCGCAUACACAACGCACACACAUAAAUAACCUGUUUGUACAAAUUGUACAUACACAAGUCUAAGUACGAGAGAGAGACCAAUUUAUAUUUAUUACUUUUUAUUUAACAAAAGAUUUGUCAAACAAAAGAGAGUUUUUCUCCAUACUUACACAUAUUCAGUUCUACAAAGAAGACAACACACACACACGCACAUGCACAAUACACAAUAAAGUAAAACCAGAGUAAUAUUAAAAGACAAUUUUUCUUGUUUCCAAUACAGACUACUAAUAUUACUUAUUAUUGUUAUUACCACUAUAAUUAUUGUAUAAUUGCAUCACCAAGUGUUUGAAGUAUUUCAAAAUUAUAUGAGAGAAAAAAACAGUACAAAAAAAGCAGUCAGUAGCUGACGGAAAAGGAGUUUACGCACAAAGUUGAAAAAUACACCACUCUACACGAACAUAUAUACAGGCUGACAUAAACAAUAUACACACAUUAUAAUGACACUACAAUAUAACAUGAAUUAGUAAUGAGAGAAAAUAUUAACGAUACUCUAUGUCAAGAAUUCAUGUCGCUUUAAUCAAAAAAUAAUCAAAGCUCAUAUAAACAAACUGACUUACUGUUGCUCUGCAUACAUAUGUUGUUCUCCCCCUCCUAUGUUCUUGUUGUUUGUUUUUUUAUCAUACUUCUAUUAUUACUGUUGUUAUUAUUACUAUCGACCGAUAGUAAUGUUAUUAAUUGUAAGUUAUUCAGCUACUGAAACACGAUAUAUACGCAUAAGAAAAUAUGGUCAAAAAAAAAGGAAUAUAAACACGUUUGUAGAGGAAAUGAAGAGUCGGGAGUGAUUUUCGAUGAGAAAAAAUUACCUUUUCGGUAUGAUUAACGAGUGGCUGGUUAAAAAUAUAAAUUGAAUUUUGUAAUUUCCGAAAUUACUAAGCUGAUUUAAUGCAUUACCAGUUCGAGCAGGUAGUUAGUCACAAAUCGGGUGGUUUGAAUUGAUUCAAUUGUCCGACCUGAACCA